AUGGCGUGGAAUCGGAACCCUAACGUUGAAUGGAUUUUCAAUAACAGUCCGGACCCAUGGUCGUCGACUGCGACGGAAGCUGUAUGGGAAAGAUACAAUGACAUAGAUUCAGAUAUACUUGAAAAAGCCUUUCAAAACAAGCAGAAAACCGUCUCCUUAGGUAACUAUUAUGUUAGCUUGGUUCCUAACAAAAUGGUUCAAGUUCAUAAACUCGAUGAGUAUCGUCAACGUCCAAUAAGACGCCGUGAAGGAACACCAGUAAGUCGAAUAGCACAGCGUCAAGAUCGUUUCAAUUUCACCGACAAAUUGGGCUCGAAAACAUUCGGUAACACAGGCGUUUGCAUGUCACCUUUUGUCGAAGAAUGGAUUCGCAGAAAUCCUAAUUACAAAUUUAAAGAAGAAACUAUUGAACAAUUAGCUUCCGGAUUAGAGCAAGAAGGCGUCGCCAUAGGGGAAGCAGAUGCGGCAAAAUUUAUUGCUUUAGAAAUUCGUCAACAUAAACACGAAGAGCGGUCAAAAAUGAUUGAAUACUGUGUUCGGCUAUACACGGCUGAUACAUGGAUUUACCGUUUAGUUAAUUCUACUCUGCGAGAAAAUGAUAUGAGUAAAGUCGAUACUUUAGGACCUUUCUGUUGCUUUAUUAGAAAUUUUCUACACGCUUCACAAAAAGAACAUGAAGACGAAGAGAUGGUUGUUUAUCGCGGCAUGGAACUCGAACCUAAAGACAUACAAGUGUACAAGGAUUGUGUGGGAGAAGUUCAUUCUUGGUUCGCCUUUUCGUCAACAACUAAAAGCAGAGCUGUUGCCGAAAACUUUGCAGUAAAUGUCCUAUUCGAGAUUCACUUCGAUGGAUUUUCUGCAUCACAUUAUCCUGGCAGAGACAUCUCAAUUUUGUCAAAUUAUCCGAAAGAAGAAGAAAUUCUGCUGCAGCCCGGAGCUGAUUUUAGAAUUGAUGAGGUCAAAGAACAGAAAAUAGGAGGAAGAAAGCUGACCAUUAUUCGAUUGGCCUUGAUGUAA